CCUUCUACACGUGGUCACUGGUCACUGGUCACUGGUCACUAGUCACGUUAGUCAGCUGACGAUUGUUGGGGAAAGAAAAGGUAAACAAAUACACGAACGUUGAAAACAAAACAUACAAUUGCAAGUGAACAACUGUCAUUAAUAAUGUCUGGAGACGGAUUGAUCAAUUUUGAAUCCUCUCGGGAAAAGGCCAAGAACCGUGAAAUUUUGCGACAAACACGGGCUGACCUGUUGGAACGAGAAAAGGCCAAGGCCGAAUCUCGCUGCAAACUACGCGAAGAGGAAUUGAAUUGGAACCUUCCCGGAUUGGAACGACAUUGGACCGAGGAGAGCCAGGAACGUGGAUCGAGUGCCAGCUCCAAGAAGAAAAAGAGGAAGAAGGAGAAAGAGAAAAAAGCCAAGAAGGAAAAAAAGAGGAAGAAGAAGAAAGAAAAGAAGAGUCGAAAGCGGAAAGUGAGUUCCUCGGACUCGUCUUCUUCAUCUUCCGAAGAUGAAUGGGUGGAAAAGAAGGUGGUUGACGAAGAAGCCUCCAAGAAGAAAAAACAAAUCCCGGAAGAGAUCGCUGUUCAACGCGAUUCCUGGAUGGAAUUAGGCGCCUCCAAGGAUCCCUUUUUGGCCAUGGCCUCGAGUGCCCCGCGUGAAAAGGCCAUCAGUCAGAAAGCCCUGGAAAAAAAACAAAAGGAAGAAGAGAAUGAACGGGAAUGGAAAAAGAGGGAACUGAAUCCACAACUGAGAGACUCGGGGAAAGACGAGAGUACAAAUAAGCCAACCAAAUCGAUUCCCAGUUCUGUGGGAGAUGGUGGAGCAUCAUGGCUUCUGAGGGCCAUGAAACGAGCCAAGGAACAGGCUGAGAGAGAAGGCAGAUCCUUGGAGGAGGUGGCAGCCGAGAGGUGGGGAUCGUUGGGAAAGUUUGAGGAUCUCUUGGCCAAGGCACAAGGCGGCUCCAGGAGAAGACAAGAUGAAAGAUCCGGAUCGAGACGACUUAGUCCCGAGAGAUCGAAACGCAGACGACCCCUGUCCCGAAGUCCGGAUCGAGAUCGGAAAAAGAUGUUUGCUCGACCCGACGAGGAAUCAAAAGUGCCGAAGCAAUUAUCUCAUUCGUUUCGCGAAUCAUCCCGCGCUUCUGGAUCGUGGAAAACCUCUCGAAGGAGGGAUGAGGACAUGAAAAAGUCUAGGCCAUCCCCACGACGAAGAUCGUCUAGCUCUGGUUCUUCUUCCUCCUCCGAUUCGCGAUCAAGAUCCAAUUCUAGCGAAAAAAAACCUUCAUCGGAGACCACCAAACCGAAAACAGAAACGCUUGUCCAAGAGACUGUUGACAUUCUCACCGAAACUGAAAUGAACGCAUUGGGAGCGAAGAUCAUCAAGGCUGAAAUAAUGGGUAGCGUCGAUCUCGUGAACGAAUUGAAAGCCAAGCUGGCGAGAGCCAAAGACGCCAAGGCUCUGUACGAAAAGACCAUGGCAGAAAAGGCUGACACCGUUCGGGAAGAAACCGUGAUUCUAACCAAGACCGACUCGAAAGGAUUCACCCGACCCGUUGAAUCAUCCGUUGUCUCUGCCAAGCAUGACCGAGGAGACCGUCGACGAAAGGCCAAGGUAGAUACUCACGACAAGGACGGCAAACGGGAGCGAUAUUUCGCCGACGACGACAAGUUCUCUCUCAAGGAAAUGUUUGAACGAGAAAAAUUGAGCACCGCCGAGGACCAAAACGCUAUGAUGAACCGCUUGGCCGGAAAAAGUGUGGAGAAACUCAACGAAGACUACGAUCUAGACGAUAUGUUCACGGCCAGAGCAUCCAAGAAAGAGAACGAAUCGAAAUCGUUGGCCAGAGAGCGAGAAAGAGCCGUAGCCGAAGAGCAGAAGCGUUCUCGCACUUUGGAUUCGUGCAAAUUCUGCUUUGAAGGCACGCGCUUACAGAAGCAUCUGAUCGUCGCCAUAGGCAAGAGUUCGUACCUCAGUUUACCUCAUCACGUGUCGCUCACAGAAGGCCAUUGUUUACUCUUGCCUUUGAACCAUGUGAGCUGUGCCACUCUCACAGAUGAGGAUAUCUAUGACGAGAUCCAAGAAUUUCGAAGGUGUUUAGUGCGCAUGUUUGCCGAGGAUGAUCAGGAUUGUGUGUUCUUUGAGCACGCCGAUCGACUGAAAUCGUUCCCUCACAUGAUCCUUGAGUGUGUUCCAAUUCCUCGAGAACUCGGCGACAUGGCACCCAUGUACUUCCAAAAGGCCAUUCAAGAGUGUGAGAGUGAAUGGUCCAAUAACAAGAAGCUCAUCAAUCUGCGAGACAAGCCACUGAAACGUGCUGUUCCCAAGGGCUUGCCAUAUUUCCACGUGGAUUUUGGCUUAGAUAGUGGAUUUGCACAUGUCAUCGAAGAUGAAGCGUUGUUCCCUCGAAAUUUUGCGCAAGAGAUAAUCGGCGGGAUGCUGGAUUUGGAGCCACGAGUCUGGAGAAAUCCGAAACGAGAAAAUUUUGACACACAGAAGAAGAAGGUCUUGGCAUUUGGAAGCAAAUGGGAGAAGUUUGAUUUUACCCGGAAAAAAGAUCAAAAGUCAUCUGCCUCCUCCUCGUCUGACUCUGAGACCGAUUAAAAAAAAAAAGUGAUAUGCCGGAUGUUUCCUUCUAAAGCCGUUAUUUCGAGGCUCAAAGUUUGACCCUGCUUUCGCGUUACCACCAAGAAUUCAAUGCAUAUGUACUACAAAUAUUGCCGAACGACAUGAAUAUGGAAAAAGGAAGACAAACAACCGUAAAA